UGCAUUCGUUUCUCCGUUCUGACACAGAAUAUUCAAAAAUAUCAGCAGUGCUCCACCUACCACUUCCGCUUUUAAGCCACAGUAGUUUGCAGUGUUUUUCGCACAUCUACUUUCAGUUUAGCGACUAUCACCAACAGACAGAUUGUUUGCUUGUUUGGACAUGAUGUUGUUCUCUUCCAUAGUCUUGGUUGUGUCUUUGUUGACCUGUCAGAGUGGCCUCCAUGUGUCCGGCUGUGAUUACAACUGUACAGAUAAACCUGUGUUCACUCCAUCCAGUCUGGUAGUGAAGUAUGGAGACCCGACCUCUGCUACAUGUGUUGCUUGUAAUAAUUCCUGCCAGGACACCGUAUCUGGUUUGGAAAAAUCUCAGGGAGUGGUAACAGAAAAUGGAACUACGUUGGUGUGGACCGUUGACAGAAUAACUGAAUGGGACUCAGCUCUGACGUGUUAUUACAGCACUGCUGAUAAACAGUGUUGUACUGACCUGGAUGUAACUGUCUACCAGCCUCCAGAACAUGUGUCCAUCAGCUUUGUACAUCACACUGGGCCGAUGGUUGAGGGUCAUCAGUACCAGCUGCAGUGUACCGUGGAGAACGUAGCUCCUGCUAAACACCUUGUUGUGACCUUCUACAGAGGAGAGAUAGUCCUGGAUAAACUUCAGUCUAAAAGUAGUGAACCCUAUAAACCAGUGACUGAAACCUUCACUCUGAACAUCACCGUUAGUAAAGAAGAUAAUGGAGCUCAGUUCUGGUGUGAAGCCAAACUAGAACUGGGACCUGAAGGACCACAACCCCCUCCAGUGGUGAAAUCAGAAAACAUCACUGCAACAGUCAACUAUGGACCUAAGAUACUAGUUUCAGCAAAUGAAAACAUUCAAAUCACAGAAGGAGACACUCUAAGUCUGAACUGUUCGUCUGAAGGAAACCCCAGCCCCUCAUACUCCUGGAAGCUCCCGGGGGGAAGAGCUUCCUCCUCCAGCGACAGCGUUUUCAUCAUCCAGUCUGUGGGCUCUGAUCAAGGAGGGAAUUAUGUUUGUACCGUCAGCAACAAAGUGGGGACUGACACUGUGAAUUUUUCUGUGGAUGUCCAAGCCGACCACUCAAUACUCAUCAUACUACUGGUAAUGGCAGGACUUGCCUUGUUAACCAUCGUACUGAUCGUAACAUACAGCUGUUUCUACAAACACACCCGAACGGGACAGUACAACAUGAAGACUUCACAGCAGGAGUCUCUAACGUGUAGCUCGCGAGCUACCAGUAGCUCACCGCCUCUUUCCAUGUAGCUCGCCAAAGGGCCAGUGAAUCGUACAUAAAUUUGAAAACUUAAUUUGGUCCCUCAGCAAAUCUACUUAAAGUUAUGUCCAAUCAGAAUUCACAGUCAUAGUUGCCCCGCCCCCUUCCAACACAAAAUGAUUAUUAGCCAAUUAGCUGUCAAUCAAAAACGUGAAGACACGUGAGUUUACGAUGGUGACCAGUGUAAACAACAAGCGGGUUAAAACGUACCAUUUUCACCAGUAGUGGGAGGCAGAAUUUUGUUUUACAAAUGUUAAUGACAAGUGUGUGUCUGAUCUGCGGUGCCAGCGUGUCGGUCGGUAAAAGGAGUAAUGUGGAGCGCCAUUUCACCAAAGUCCACGGCAACUUUUCACGGGACUUUGCUGCUGGUAGCAGCCUACUCAGAGACAAGAUAACGGAGCUGAAGACAACGCUGUUCACCAAACCAGCGAAAAAGGCCAAUUCAGCUACAGACACUUCUUUUAAAGUGGCGCACAUUUUAACGAAGCGCAAAAAGCUGUUCACCGAUGGCGGGAUCAUAAAGGAGGCCAUGACGCGGUCACUGAAAUGUUAUUCCGGGACCAUAAAAAUAAAACGGAAAUUUUGUCUGUUAUUGCCGAUGUACAACUUGGUGCCAAUACCAUGGCAAGGCGAGUGUCUGCGUUGUUUGCAGAUGCGGUAAAGCAGCUGGAAUCGAACAUAAACAGGUGCAAAUGGUUCUCUAUUCAGUGUCACUCACGCACAGACACCUUCUCUGCUUAAUAUUUAACUGAUCUGAACGACUUUUAUUGUGAUUGUAAAUUCUGUUCUUUGUGUGGAUUUCGCUAUUAAGAAUACACGGAUAUAUUUAUGAUUUAAAAUGUUGUGUUGGCUAAAGUUUUUGAUUCUUGGUUUGUAGAAAUUGUAAGUGAUCCAUAACAACAUUUAAUUUUCAGAUGUCUUCGUGCAUGUAAAUAGUUUUGUGAAGUGUGUUACGGUAAUGGACAUAUAUAACAAUGACAAGUGAAUAAGUAGCAAUAUCUGUAUCUGUAGUAAUAACAAUAACAAUGAUAAUAAUAUGAAUAAUUUUGUGACGUUUUAAUACAGAAUGUGAGACGUGGACAGUAACAUAUUGUGAAUGUUCAGGAAAAGAAAGCUUAAUGACUCAUGUUUGUUCAAAAUAAGCAAUGAGAACACAUGUUAGAAAACAUGAGUAUCUUUAUUAUAAUUUGAUUCUUGUUCCCUAUUUCCCUUAAUCAUUAUUGUUAAUUGCCAAGAACCUAAUUGAGCCCAACACCACCUUGAGCUCCAGUGGCAUUGUACCUGCAAAUAAUAAAAAAAAAAAUAUUAUGCGACCUCCCUGCACAAUUAUGUAUAUUAUUUAUGAAAACGUAUUUCUGAGCAAAUUAGCAGUCACACAUUUCAUUAUACUGUACCAUUUCAUUUCUGCUUUAUAAGGACCGACUCACCACAAUAUUAGGAAACAACUUCGUUUUAGCUAGCUUAGCUUAGCUAACGUUUGUGCUUCUUCCGGCAGACGAUGUCAGUUCUUAUGAAGCACAAGAUACAUUUAACGCCACAGGGUCCCAGAUGGAUAACCACAAGAGAGCAACAGACUUACUGCAGCGGGGGAGCUCCAGGUGAACUGGUUCCAUCUGUGUCAUCUUUGUGUAAUGACAGGCAGCAGCUGCAGCCGCCAUUAGUCUCAGCACCGUUUUUUAACCUGGAGGCGCGUUUACACUUUCCUAGCCACUCCCCCCUCCACAGCCAAAACCCCUUAAGUAAGUUGAAACUGAAAAACAAAUGCUGAAACAAAAACAAAUAAUAAUAAAAAAAAAACUGAAAACCAGUAAACUGAAAAAACUACAUCAUAUAAAGAUGGACAGCUUUUGUUACAAUGCCAAAGUUUAAAGUCAGAGUUGUGACUCCAUAUCAUAGCAGAUUCAGAGCAUGGCCUCUCCUGGUACGUGACGCAGGAAACAUUCACAGGAAAGGAAUAAGGGGCGUCUGCUUAUGCUUCUGCUUCCACGAACUAAGCCUGAACUUUCAAUCCUGUUGCUUGUGUGUGAACGUAUCACAUAUCUGUGAGUGCUUCUGGGAUUAAAAGUCAUUAGGCCAAAUUAGAGUCCACAUGUUCGUAAGAGUUCCUUGUCAGUGUCCCAGUUCGGUGCAGUUUUUUUCCUGUAAAUUAAAACCUGGAACUCAAUCACAAUUACUGGAUAUCUGCAGCGCUUCCCCCAGCUCACAUCUAAAAAUAACACUCAGAGGGAGUGGACCCUUUCUGUUUUCUGUUCUCUCUCAGAGCUCUGGGAUUUACCAUCAAGACAGCGGCAGCUUAUUUGCCCACAGAUCUAAUCGGACAUCAUGUUCUUCUCUUCCGUACUUUCAUUUUUUCCUCUAAUGAGCUCUCUGCAUGAUUUCCACGUGUCUGGCUGUGAUGGACCUAAGCUACUAGUGUCAGCAAAUGAAAACGUCCAGGGGAUGACCCAGGGGCGAUUAUAGUUUCAGAUCUUUAAGGGAAUGAAGGCCAAUAAAAAUAGACAACCCUGCCUAAUACACAACAUCAUUCUUCCUUUGUGUCUCCUUUUGGACUGAACAGACCCUGCAGACUCCAAUCUAUGCCACUUCACCUUGAGAGAGGCAAAUCUGACGAUUACUUUCUUUUGGCCUGUGGUCCUUUUCAGCCAAGUAUAUUUAGCUUGCAGGCAGUAUUAGUCUUACACCUUGGCUUUAACCUCAACACAUAUGCCUACCAAAAAUUUAACAACAGCACAACAGCUCCAGUCUCCACCAGAAGUGUAUUGUCACCCUGAAAGUGAAAUUACAUUUGCUACUCACUGAUAUGUAUUAUUGGCUCACUUUCCUGAAUAAACAAAUACACAAGCAUGA